AUGGCAGUGUGUGCCAGGGAUGGCGAUGCAGCAAAGGCGAUGAAGCUGAAGAAAGGCAUGGAGGAUGGCAGAGUGGAGGUGAUGGGGGAAGUGCUCCGUGCGCUCAUGGCCUUGCAACGCCAGAUCGGCAUGUGGAAGUCAGCUGUGGAGACUUUGAAGGAGAUGCGGGCCAAGGCUGAGCUCCUGACGGAGGCCAUUGAGAAAGGCGAUGCAGCACGGGCCAUGGCUUCGAAGAAAGGCAUGGAGGAUGGCAGAGUGGAGGUUACGGAGGAAGUGCUCCGUGCACUCCUAGCCAUGCAGCGCAAGGCAGGGCUGUGGGAGGCACCUGUGGAGACACUCAAGGAGAUGCAAGCCAAGGGCGUCAUGGAGGACGAUACGGCAUGGGGUCGUCGUGAGCUCGUGAUGGAAGCUAUAGAGAAGGGCAGUCCCAACGCGGAGACAUUCAACCUCGCCAUUGCAGCCAGCCUUCAGGUGUUGUCGCCAGCCAGCCUUUUGCCAGCUAAGCACUAA